CAUCAAUUGCAAGUUAAAACUAGCUUUCAGUUGUGGUGAAUAAUCAGUUGCAAAUCUGCAUGCAAAAGUACAUUUACUUUGAAACAACGUUAUCACAGAUGUCCGAAAUCUAAUCUUCAACGAUUCUCUUGGAACCGUUCCUUUACAUUGGGAAAACUGCACAUGUUACUCCAUCUUCAAAGAAGGUUUGAGGGGGAAUCCAAAAAAUGAUAGAUCUGCCGGACUAACAUCCAUGAUCAAGAAAUGAGUAAAGAUUAUAAUGAAAGAUAAAGUGAAAUAGCUGCUUGAUACUUUUCAGCUGACCAGUCUGCAUUAGCUUGGACAUCUAAUAGAAUAUCUUAAAGAGCCAACUAUAUUGGUGACAAAGAAAUGUCAUUGUCUGUUAUAUGUAUUAACUCCCAAGAACAGUUAAAUUGGAGCUCAUUGGAUUGAAAGCAAAUGAUUGACUUUUUCUGAAAUUGGCUGAAGAAUCGAAGAUAAUGCCUAUUAAACGUGGACAGAUACUCUCGUUAACAUUUUAUGACAAUUUGCAUUCCUCAGGAAUCUGUGGUGGGAAUUCAAUUAUAGGUCGCUGGUUAAUUAAAUCACUUCAUCAGGUGACACAGUCCUCCAAUAACUAAGACUCAACUGUCAACCCUUUCCUUUGAUCAGGACAUCCUUUGCUGUUAAUAUGGAUUGUCUUGCAUGGAAGAACAAACUCCAGGUUGCAUGCAUUCUAACUGUCUACUUCACCCUGUCUUGCCCAAUUAUCCAGGGAGCUAAUAUAUUGGUUGUCCCACUUGAUGGAAGUCACUGGAUCAAUAUGAGAAUUCUAAUUGAAGAACUGAAACUCCGUGGGCACAGUUUCACUGUGCUUUAUUUCUCAAAAUCAUGGUACAUCAAAGAGAUGCCUGAUCUAUAUCAAUCUGUCAUAAUUGAAAUGGAAAGUAUUGUUGGAAAAAACAGUGGUGAAAAUGUUAUGCAUGAUAUGAUACAAAACGUAUUUGAAGCCUUACAAGAUGGUUGGACAACAUGGGGCUUUGUCAAGUUCCAAUAUGAAACAAUGUAUUUUAUGCAUGCCUGUCACAACUGGGGUAUGCUGUUAAUUACCACAAUUUUUGAAAACAAAAGUUUGUUAAAUCAACUUGAAAAUGAGCAUUUUGACUUAGUACUUACCGAUCCUGUAUUUCCUACAGGUUCAAUGCUUGCUUAUUAUUUAAAACUCCCUUUGGUAUAUAAUGUUCGAUGGAUCACCACUGGAGAAGCUCAGUUCCUUGCUGCCCCAUCACCAGCUUCCUAUGUCCCAAUUCCUGGCUCACAAUUGACAGAUAAAAUGAGUUUUUCCCAAAGAACACAAAACGUUAUCCAAAAUCUUGUUCAACUGGCAAUUUCAAAUUUUCUAACAUAUCCAAUUUACAAUAAACUCUGCCAUCGCUAUCUAGGCCCAGGCACUGAUAUUGAGACUGUUCUCCUCAGGGCAGAUGUGUGGCUGAUGAGAGUAGAUUUUAUAUUUGAAUUCCCGAGACCCACCAUGCCAAAUAUUGUUUAUAUUGGAGGAUUCCAGUGUAAACCAUCCAAGCCUUUACCUCUAGAGUUUGAAGAGUUUGUCCAGUCCUCAGGGGAACAUGGGAUUAUUGUCAUGUCAAUGGGGACCUUUGUCAAUUUUUUGCCAAUGCAUAUGACAAUGAAAAUAGCAGAGGCUCUUGCUCAAGUACCUCAGAAAGUUAUCUGGAGACAUGAUGGAAAGAUCCCUCCCAAUAUUGGAAAUAAUACACUACUUGCAAAAUGGAUCCCUCAGAAUGAUUUACUAGGGCACCCAAAGACACGAGUUUUCGUUGCCCACGGUGGCACCAAUGGGCUUUAUGAAGCUAUCUAUCAUGGGGUGCCAGUAGUUGGCAUACCUCUGUUUUAUGAUCAAUUUGAUAACUUAAUCAGACUUGAAAUCCGAGGUGCAGCAAAAGUUAUUUGUGUCACAACCAUGCAGUCAACAGAUCUAUUGGAGGCAGUUAAUGAGGUUAUACAUAACACCUCUUAUCGGGAGAACAUGCAGAAACUCUCUGCUCUCCAUAGAGACCAACCUGAGACUCCGAUGGAGAGAGCUAUUUUCUGGGUUGAGUACGUUGCCCGAAACAAGGCGGCAACACAUUUGCGUACAGCAUCUUACCGACUCCCCUGGUAUGUUUACUACUGUAUGGAUGUGAUGAUCUUCCUGCUGUCACUGUUCCUCAUGGUUAUAGUGAUGACAGUCCUACUAUUGAAGAGACUUUGUAAUGUGACUCGAAAGAGAAAAGAAAAAACUCAGUGAAAUUCAUCAUUUCAAACUGGAAGUGGGUAGAGUUGUUUUAAUUGGAUUAAAAAUUUAAAUCAGUUAACUAAUGUCUGCCCAUUAUAGUUACACAUGGCUAUUAGUGUAGCACAAGAGUGCAGUUUUGUCUCUCAACAGUAGUUCUUGCUUGUAGAUACUCAGUGAAAUGCUGCACUUUAAUUUGUUUUGGAAAUCUGAUUUUCAAAUAUUAUGCAAAAUUAAUCAUAUUAAUUUACAUGCAGGAGCACCAUUAUGAAAGGAAAUAACAGAACCACGGAAUCAUUUGACCCCCAAUUAUUUCUUUCUCUCCCUGUAACACACAACAUUUUCCACCACAGCUCUCCCUUGUGCAUGAGCACAUGAAUUUCUGUUGGUUCUCACAAGGGCAGUGAACUAGGCAUUUGUUAUGCCUGUCUUUAUUGGUCAGUGCAUUCAGUAUAGGAGUUGGGAGGCCAUUUUGAAGCUGUAUAGGACAUUGGUUAACGAAGUGUGGAGUUGGAUGAACACAGCAGGCCAAGCAGCAUCUCAGGAGCACAA